AUGGAGGAAGACCAGAAAACUCCGAUUGUCGAGGAUGUGCCAGUCUCUCCGAGCUCCGACAUCGAGCCGGAUGCGCCAAAGUCGCCGUCCUCAACCCAGACGAGAUUGUCCGGUGCAACAGUCCCCUCGCUACGGCCGGGGACGGCUGGGAAAAUGAGCGAAUCCUCGACGCAUAUCGGUCAAUUGAACGCUGCUCGAAGAGGAGGAGCGCUGCCUCCGCGACCGGUAGCUUCCAUUGGUGGCCAGUCAGGCGGUUUGAAUCAGGACAUUAUGGCGCGGAUGAAGGCAUUCUCGCUCUCAAGACAAGGGACGCCUGCCACUCUCGCGCACACAGCGUCAACAGGGGCCAUUCCAUCGUCAACACAAGCAUCGCCGUCGCCAACCAUAUCAAACUCCCCGCAUGGAAUCCCCUCUGGCGCGAUUACCGGGGGGUUGGCAGCCAGCAUCCCUCCUGGUCCACGACCAUCCCCGCCGACCUGGUCAUCGGCUCCUUCGGUAACAUCCCCAAAUGUGUUAACCCCAAAUACAAAAUUGGGCGGACUGGCAGCAAAGCGACUGAAGCCGGGGCUGAAAUUAUCAGAUGCCCAGGGACCACUGGUCAAUGGCCAUUCUCCUAAGCAAGAACAGGCAUCCGCUGCUCAAAAGACCGCUGGCCCAAGUGAUUCAGUGUUUAGCAAGUACUCCGAAUUUUUAGACACUAAAGCAGGCACGUUGAACUUUAAGAACAAGGCUAUCAUUCACGGCGGGGGUAUUGAAUUUUCGUCUGGACAGAGCUUUAGCAUAUCUUUGGAUGAGGUCGAUCGCCUAGAUGAACUUGGGAAAGGAAAUUAUGGAACAGUGUACAAGGUACGGCAUAGCCGGCCUCAUCUUCGUAAACCAGGCCUUGGCCUGUCUGGCAUUGUGAGCCGACCAGCAGGGUUGGAAGAUAUCACCUCUCCGAAUUCCAGAUCGCAGGAUAAUCUGACCGGCGUUGUCAUGGCUAUGAAAGAGAUACGCCUAGAGUUGGAUGAAAAGAAGUUUGCACAGAUUAUUAUGGAACUUGACAUUUUGCAUCGAUGUGUAUCGCCAUUUAUCAUUGAUUUCUACGGUGCAUUCUUCCAAGAAAGUGCGGUUUACAUUUGUGUUGAAUACAUGGACGGAGGAUCUGUUGAUCGAUUAUACAAAGGUGGCAUACCCGAGAGUAUCCUACGCAAAGUCACCCUGUCCACAGUGAUGGGCCUGAAGACGUUGAAGGACGACCACAACAUUAUCCAUCGCGAUGUGAAGCCUACCAAUAUUCUGGCUAACACUCGAGGGCAGGUCAAGAUUUGCGACUUUGGAGUGAGCGGCAACCUGGUUGCCAGCAUUGCCAAAACGAAUAUUGGGUGCCAGAGCUACAUGGCACCGGAGCGCAUUGCUGGCGGAGGUAUGCAGCAGUCUGGAGCCGUUGGUGGAGGGACAUAUAGUGUCCAGAGCGAUAUCUGGAGCUUAGGACUGUCGAUAAUUGAAUGUGCCAAGGGGCGAUACCCGUAUCCCCCAGAGACAUACAACAAUAUCUUCAGUCAAUUACACGAAAUCGUCAAUGGCGAACCACCUGUUCUACCUGAUGAGUUUUCAGACAACGCCCACGCAUUUGUUCGAGCUUGUCUUGACAAGAACCCCAGUAACCGCCCUAGCUACGCUCAACUCCUCCGUCAUCCUUGGAUUACGCCGCUGAUGGCACCGCCAACCACGAAUGGAGCUUCAGAAAAUGACUCGCUUGAUGCAUCUGCUGAGACCCCUGCCCAACCAUCGCCACACGCAACGGACGAUGCAGAAGUCGCUGAAUGGGUUACAGAGGCUCUCGAACGUCACCUCAACGGUACAUCCGGAAUUUCCAAGAAACCGGCAUUGCAUACUGUCGCAUUAGAUGCGGUUGGAAGCAGCCCAUUGUUAGAAGAGAAUAGCCUGUUUUCUGACAAUUGA